AUGCCACGCUGGCAGUGUAGGUGGGCUCUGUCCGCGACCUUGCUGCUGUUUCUCUUAGGUUCCCCAUUCCUAGUGACUCAUGGGUCAAGAUCUGGAGAGGAAGUAGAUAAUAAUGACCAGAAAACCAUGGAGAUCUUCCUCUCUGCUACCGUGGAGUAUGCCUUACAUGUAUUCAACUUGCAGAGCAAUGACACGAAGGCCUACAGGUUGGUGCGCAUCCUGGAUUCCAGGAUAGAAUUAUCACACUAAUGUCAAUGUCAAUUACAAUUCAAGGAGAAGAAGAUGAUGGCAUUUUCCAUGGAGCUGCAGCUUAAAAGAACAAGAUGUGGGAAAUUUGAUGAAGACAUUGACAACUGUCCCUUUCAAUCAAGUUCAGGACAGAACAAUAUCAUCACCUGCUUCUUCACCAUCAGCACUGAUCCCUGGAAUACAAUAUUUGAACUCUGGAACAAGACCUGCUUGGAGGGUGGCUCACUCAGUUAAGUGUCUAACUUCAGCUGAGGUCACGAUCCCAGGUCCUGGGAUCAAGC